UUCUCGAAGAGGUCUCACACCUCUGACUAGUGCCUUUGUGCCACUCUCCCUAGAGAGGGCUGAAUUCCGUACAGGGAGCCUGGGCCCAGACUGAAGGAAUUCAGUGGGAUUGUUACUUGGCCUGGCUCCCAUGAGCCAGCUGCAACCUGACUGCCUCCUUCCCUCACACCUGAUUUGGAGCUGGUGCCCUGGAUUCAUUUCCCAGCAUUGGAAGGGAAAGGGAAUUACUCUUAGCAAGAUGUUGCCAAGGCAUAUGCCGUAGAGUGUGUGUAUGUGGCAUGACAAAAACAGAGAAAUUACCUGUUUGAUCUCCUGGUAGUGCUGCAUGAGAAGGUAUGGUAUUGGGGCAAAUAGUACACUCUAGAAUAAACUUGGCUCCUACAGAGGAAGAGCAAGGCUGCAUGAAGAAUUAAAGAUGGCAAAAGAUGAUAACAGCGUACGCAUCUUUCAGGGUCUAUUAAUCCUGGGCAAUGUGGUCAUUGGGAUGUGUGGAAUUGCCCUGACAGCAGAAUGCAUUUUCUUCGUGUCUGAUCCCCACGGUCUCUACCCUCUGCUGGAAGCUGCAGAUAAUGAUGACAUCUAUGCUGCUGCCUGGAUUGGCAUCUUCGUUGGCUUUGCACUCUUUUCUCUUUCUAUCCUUGGCAUCAUUGGAGUCAUUAAGUCCAGCAGGACCUUGCUAAUGGUGUAUAUUAUUCUGAUGCUUAUCACUUAUGCAUUUGAAAUGGCUUCUUGCAUCACAGCAGCAACUCACCGAGACUUUCUCACUCCCAAUCUUUUCCUGAAGCAAAUGCUGGAGAGGUAUGAGAAACAAGACACAGAAAAUAACAACGACAGAUUGAUGAGUGAUGGGGUCACAAAAACAUGGAAUAAUCUCAUGCUUCAGAAUCACUGCUGCGGCGUGCACGGCCCAUCCGACUGGCAGCAGUAUGGGUCUGCCUUCCGGAGCACACACAGCGACGCUGACUACCCUUGGCCACACCAGUGCUGCGUCUUGGAUGCCCGAGAGUCUCCUGUCAACCUGGAUGGCUGCAAGCUUGGAGUGCCUGGCUACUAUAAUAGUAAUGGUUGUUAUGAUGCUAUCUCUGGACCAAUGAACAGACAAGCCUGGGGUGUUGCCUGGUUUGGUUUUGCCAUUCUCUGCUGGACUUUCUUGGUUCUCCUUGGUACUAUGUUCUAUUGGAGCAGAAUUGAAUACUGAAGGUCUGAUGUCUUCACCAUUGUCCUGAAGCACUGAAUGAAACUGUUUUCAUUCUUCUCCUGCUCCAUUCUCCCUAUGACAGUGAAGAUUUGAAGAUUUCCCCAUUACCUCUCCCAGACUAUUUUUGCCCCUUCAAAAGCUUGACAUCAUGCUUGAGAUGAUGGCUACAGGAAAGGAGCUUCAUGCCCCUUUUUGCCUCUUGUUUUGCAGCCUUUUUGCCUUGUGGUUGAGACAAAAUCCCUUUGCUGUGCAAGAAAUCCUUGAAGUAUAAGACAAAACAUGGUCUGAUUUGUUUUUUGAUGGUAUUGAAAAUGUCCGGCUCAUAUACACUUGCCAGAAAAGUAUCUCUCUAAAAAUAGGUUGAAAGUAAAACAUAACACAGAAGUUUCUGGUAUGGACUAUGUGAGCAAAGUGAUAACCUCCUGUUGACCAAUAAAGACGGGUGCUGCAAGGGAGAAGACUGGAGAAAUCUCUGAUGCAUUUUUAUCUUUCUACUUCUGUUCCCAGUCUCUGUUACCCCUUGCCUUAGAAUAAUACAGAUUCUAUAAGAGUUUAAAUGUGUCAGUAGUGAAGACGUGACAGAUACUUUAAAAAAAAAAAAAAAGUCUGUUGCUUGUCAAGCCCAACAAAAGACUAGCUCAUUCCUCUGACAUAUGCUGCCUAUGUUCAAGCCUACCUCUUGUCACUGAUGAAACUACUGCAUGCACUCCUACAUUUAGAAGUGCCAGUCCAUAAAAUGUUCUGUUUGCUAAGAAUGACUCUUUCAAAAAGCUGUAUGUGCUUUGUAUAAAAUUUCAUGCUACAAACUGUAAUGUGUGCAGAAUGCAAGGGCUUUGUGCUGUACCUGGCUUUGCCAAAAGGGCUUUUAGACCUCUAGACUACCAUGGUGCCUGCUUCAGCUGAGCGUAUGCAUAUUAUGGUCCUGUCCCCUGCAUAAUUCCCCCUUCCACGUUUCCAGAUCAGAUGAGACAAACUGCAAAUAAUGGCAACAAUUAACUCCUGUGAAAAAUGCAGGAGCAAGGCAAGAAACUGAGCAAACCAAAUUCAGUCCUUGCAUCAAGAGUUAACAAUUCUCACCCAGUUCAGUAGAGGCUCUUUGUUUUGGCUCACACUGAUGUGGUGUCCUUUCUAACAAAUGCUUCAGCAGCUACAUGUGUUAUGUGAAAUAUACUACUGUAUAUAAUGUUUUAAGG